CUCCCAUCUUUCCUGGGAAUCUCUCCCAUCUUCCGUCUCCUGCAGCAUCCCUCACCCUUUGCUCCCCCGGUUUCCCCGACCCCUCUUUCCUACCCUCUGUCCCUAUCCAGCUCCCGCUGUGUUUGUGUGUCUGCAUUGUUGUCAUCUAAGCAAUGUGUGUUAGUGUGUUGUUGUGGUAUGUAUGACUGACAGCUGCAUUGUGUGUAGGUAAGGUGUGUGACUGUGAUUGUAUUGUGUGUGGGAGAAUUGUCUGCAUGAAUUUUAUUUUUCUAUAUUUUAUUUCCAUUACAGAGAGUUUCCAGUAACAUAAUGUGUGUAUUCUUUGUGUGAUAGUGUAGAGUGUGUGUGUUUACAUUUUCCAUUGAUACAAUGUGUGUCGUAUAUCAUCCAUUCCCUGGGUUUGUUUGUGUGUGCGUGUGGGUGUAUUAAGUGUGUAUUCUCCGUGUGUGAUGUACUGUGUGUGGACAUGGCUAUUAAUUUACAGCAACAUAUGCAAUCCACUCUGCUAUUUACUUACAAUUUAACCACACGGUAAUGUAACACACAGACAUACAAGGCAUGCACUGACACACGCAGUAUACACAGACACACAAGGCAUGCACUGACACACGCAGUAUACACAGACACGCAAGGCAUGCACAUACUGUAUACCUGCAAACACCCUGUGAUUGUGUCCUGGUGAUUUCCAAGGGCCGCAUCCCUGCACACCUAUCCCCCCCCCCCCCUCCCAUCAUUAACCCUUUGUGUCCUGACCUUAAUCUGAUGGAUGGAACUAUCAUGGAUCCAGUCUGGCAGAGCAAACCUUGGAUUUUUGGGUCCGCCUUUCUCUGGCUAUGAAUCCCACUGUCCCACUUGCCACCCGCUGGGUCACUGACGGAUUCUGCUAUUGGAUUUCCCCUGGACAGGGCUAAGUGUGGGCAUGUCCCCCCCAGCAUCCGCUCCCAGCGAGAGCAGUGCUGCGUCCGUGCCACUGGACGAGACAGAUGCAGUGCGGGAAUUGCAGAGGCCGGUGAAGCAGUCCUUCAGCAAGUCCUUGUGCCGGGAGUCCCACUGGAAAUGCCUUCUGCUGUCCCUGCUCAUCUAUGGCUGCAUGGGAGCGAUGACAUGGUGUCAUGUCACCAAGGUCACCCGUCUUACCUUUGACAGUGCCUACAAAGGCAACUCCAUGAUGUACCAUGACAGUCCUUGCUCCAAUGGUUAUGUAUAUAUCCCCCUGGCCUUCUUGGUCAUGCUAUACGUGGUCUACUUAGUGGAGUGCUGGCAUUGCUACACCCGAAAUGAGCUGCAGUACAAGGUGGACCUGGAGAGUGUCCAGGAACGAGUGCAGAGGAUGCAGCAGGCCACACCGUGUAUCUGGUGGAAGGCCAUUAGCUAUCACUAUGUCCGUAGGACAAGGCAAGUGACCCGCUACCGCAAUGGUGAUGCCUACACCACAACCCAGGUGUACCAUGAGAGAGUGAACACUCACGUUGCGGAGUCCGAGUUUGAUUACACCAACUGUGGGGUGAAAGAUGUCUCUAAGGACCUCACAGACCUGGACAGUUACCCCGUCACCCGACUCCGCUUUACAAAAUGCUUCAGCUUUGCCAACGUGGAGUCCGAGAACUCCUAUCUGACUCAACGUGCCCGAUUCUUUACAGAAAAUGAGGGCUUGGAUGAUUACAUGGAAGCUCGGGAGGGCAUGCACCUAAAAAACGUGGACUUCAAGGAAUACAUGGUGGCCUUUUCAGACCCUGACAAUCUGCCCUGGUACGUCUCACACUACGUGUUUUGGGGGGCUGCAUUGCUGUCACUGUCCUGGCCGCUGAGGGUCCUUAAUGAAUAUCGCACUUCCUGUGUCCACUACCAUGUGGAGAAGCUCUUUGGCUUUGACUUCACCCCAGUGACACCAGCUGAUGAGCGGACCUUAUGCCGGAGAAUGCCUCGGGUUAAUACAAUUGACAGUACAGAACUUGAGUGGCACAUUCGAUCCAACCAACAACUAGUGCCCAGCUACUCAGAAGCAGUGCUCAUGGAUCUGGUGGGCAUCUCCACAAAUUACACAGCCUGCCGGUACACACGGGGCCUUAGACAGAAUUGUGACAGGUGCCAUCGGACCAUAAGCAGUUCCUCCAUCUUCUCUCGAAGUGCUCUAAGUAUCUGCAAUGGCAGUCCCAGGAUACCUUUCAGUAGCAGCCGAUUUUCUCUUGGGCGUCUGUAUGGGUCUCGCCGCAGCUGCCUCUGGCAGAGUCGGAGUGAGAGCCUCAAUGAGCAGGGUUGUCCAACGGAACAGACACGGCUUUCCAGUCAAGUAACAGUAGAGGAAGAAGACCCACCCCCAUACCAGGAUGCCCUGUAUUUCCCUGUCCUUAUUGUCCAUCGGAAUGAAGGCUGUCUUAACCAUGACCACCGACGCCUUCAUCGUAAUGGGUCAUGUGUAGAGACCUCAUUGUGAUAAAGCUUGAAGGACUUCAGUUGUGCAAUUGUUUACACAGGGAUGUUUUGGUGUUCUCAUUCCUAAGCUAUUACUGUCUACCUGAAGAACCUGAGUGGCCCCGUAACAAGCAAAAAACACCCACUCUGUGCCAUAGGAGUAAUAAGUCUACUUCUAACUUCAGAUCAGGAUGGUAUUUAAUGAAUCAAGAGUUCAGCAAUGAAUAGAAGUGAUAGCAGACCUCUUGGUAUGGGGAAUAAGUUGUCCACUGGCAUAUAACAAAAAUUGUUUCUAUAAAUGGAUACAAAACCUGGAAAUAUAAAGGACACAUUGUCCUGUAUGUACCUCAACUUCCACAAUGCUGUUUGAUGUAUACAGAUAGUUUGACAUCAGAUAGUUCUGUGAAUACGGAGAUUUACACAACAUAUAAUCUAGUGUCUACAGCGAGUUACAUAAGAGAAGAUAUUGUGUGUACGGAGAGUUACACAAUACAUGGUUUCAUAUGAACAGACAUAUCAUCAAUGUGUAAUCUAGUGUGUACACAAAUAUCAGCCAUACAUAGUUGUUUAUGUACAGAGACUUCCACAUCAUGUGCUUCAUUGUCUACAGGAAUUUCCACAAAACAUGCUUUGGGGUUUACAGAGAUUUCCACAAGAUGUGGCAUAGUGUGUUUAAAGACCUCCCCAAGACUUGGUUUUGUGUGUACAGAGACUUUCAUAUUGGAUCGAGCCAUCCUCAAAUGUCAAUAUAUCAGUUUGUAGUUAUAUUGAAAACCCAAAAGAACACCAGAGGACAAACCUGAAUGAGAGCUUGCUCAUUGAAUAUUCAGGUUGUUACACUCUGAUCUUCUUGAAUAGGUUGGGUAACAUUUAACACAGACACAGGGUCUACAGCUUCAGUAGAAAAUCACUUCCUUACAUAUAAAGGUCCACCACAAGGGAUACCUGGCACCAAAUGUUCACAAUAUUACAGUAGUAGCACAUUCUGCAAGCCUUGUUCACUGUGAGGACAAACAGGCAGAUAGAAGAUAUAAUACAAGGUGUAUUGAUCUAUCUGCAUGGGUACGUCAUCUCAAAAUCUCUCUCUGCUGGGCACAUAAAUUGGCUAAUUUCUCCUGUAUUGCUUUGUUUACUACAGUUCAUAGAAUCCAGGGGUUGUAAUGAACAAGUAGAGGGAAAUCAGAGCAAUAAAAUGUCCAUUCCUUGGGCCCUAGGUGGGUUACAAUGUCCAUUCCUUGGGCCCUAGGUGGGUUACAAUGUCCAUUCCUUGGGCCCUAUGUGGGUUACAACGUCCAUUCCUUGGGCCCUUGGUGGGUUACAAUGUCCAUUAAUUGAUGCCUAGGUGGGCACACUGUCCAUUCCUCAUUGGGUUACAAUGUCCAUUCCUCAGGCCCUCGGUGGGUUACAAUGUCCAUUCCUCAGGCCCUCGGUGGGUUACAAUGUCCGUUCCUUGGGCCCUAGGUGGGUUACAAUGUCCAUUCCUUGGGCCCUAGGUGGGUUACAAUGUCCAUUCCUUGGGCCCUAGAUGGGUUACACUUUCCAUUCCUCAUUGGGUUACAAUGUCCAAUCCUCAGGCCCUCGGUGGGUUACAAUGUCCAUUCCUCGGGCCCUAGGUGGGUUACAAUGUCCAUUCCUUGGGCCCUAGAUGGGUUACACUUUCCAUUCCUCAUUGGGUUACAAUGUCCAUUCCUCAGGCCCUUGGUGGGUUACAAUGUCCAUUUCUUGGGCCCUCUGGGGUUACAAUGUCCAUUCUUCAGGCCCUCAGUGGGUCAAUGUCACUUUGUAUUUUGUACAGGACUCCUUCACCAAGGGGUUCUGUAUAAAUAUCAAUUACUGGAUUAGUGGAUCAAUCAUUAUACAUUAUAUUGGUUUCCAUAUUGAUUGAUUUCUACUCAUAGAACUUUGCCCUAAAUUACUAUUUAUACAUUAUCUCCACUAGGCUGCUGAACAUAAUGAUAAAAUAUUUAAUAUAUUCACCUUUUUAACGCAUGCAAAGGUUUUGUUUUCCCCCCAUGUUUGGGAGUUGAAGAAUUGGCGAUAGUACCGUAAACAAAUACCAUGUUGCUAUCAGACUGGGCUGACCGUAAAUUUAGUGGAAUCCUGUGCUGCCGCGUGUCUCAAUUAUCUUGUACAAUUCAGCUGUUAGUUAGCACCCUGGAACCCACGUUCUGGGGUUCUGAUGCAUGCAGUUAGUUAGCUAUCCAUUCCCUCUGCCGUUGGUUUCCAGGAAGAGACAGGCAGAUUACAGAAUGUCACUCACAUGUGAGAGACCUGUAUGGGGACCACCAGAAUAAAUACCAGCUGCCUUAACCCAUGGACUGCUCCAUCCUAUUUUACCUAUUUUAUCAUAUCUAUCAGAGCUUCAGAUUACGAAAUUAGGUUUAAUCCAGAGGCUCAGACCUCCUGCACUUCUCAUAUCACUAGAAAUAAGAGGUCAAUAGUGGUGUUUGGUCUUUUUUCAUAUCAGUAUCUGUUUUAGCUGUUCUUCCAGUUCCAUUGUAUCUCUGUACUGUGAGGGCUGUCGCUGAGCACCUCUAUGUAAAGAUAAAGCACCCUCACACAUUAUCUUAUUAGCUCUCUGUCAGCACCUGUUCAAAUAAACUAACAAAGAGUCUGUCUUCAGCCACCAUACAACGCACCAAAAAUAGUUCCAACUACGGAACUUCAUCAUUUCUGUGUGGCUCAAACAUUAUUGUCAUUGUUAUCUCCUAUAGUGAAAAAUCGAGGCAGAGCAGAGCUGACUGGGGGAUGUUUUCCUGUUUGGCUAUUUUGAUCCCAAAUUUGAAAUUCCCUUUGAUUUCCCAACAAAUCUCAAGUUAGUCAAUAAUCUCGUUUGUGUUUUAUUUCCAAAAGCAGAAUCUGUUCUUCCAUCUCAGAAAGGUCGGGCAGCUGGAGUUAGAGAUCUGCCGCCAUCACUGUGUGCUAGAGGAGCUGCGUUAAUGAACUUCAUAGAACUACGAAAUAACAGAUUUUAGAUGGAAUGAAUCACCAUCUCACACAUUGGGCUGUCAUGACACAUAUUAUGUCUUUAUGUAUGAAAAGUGCUGCCCUGCAGGAUGUAGCUACACGGCAGGUCCCAUUCACAGUGCAGGAUUAUUUAUUUCAGAUCAUCCAUAUGAUUUAUCAGCCCAAUAAAACAGAAUAUAAAGCCAUGCUGUGAACGAAUGAUUAUCAUUAAAGCAAAACGAAUGAAUGCUUAUUCAGGCACAGUCAUUCUCUUCGAUGCUUUUUCAUGUGUAAAGUAGAUUAUUAUCAUGGUUUAUGUUAAAGGUGUUUCUUUUACAUUCAUAUUAAAGCGUUAAGAAAUUACGUCACAAUCCAGUUCAGUAAAGGCACAGCCAGGGCGCACGUUGCAAAUUAGAAGGAGAAAUAGGAACAUUUGGAGGAGGUUUAUAAAAUAUGGCUGGGCUGUUUUCACACUGAUUUUAUUACAUUUUCUUAUUACUACGAUAUUUUCCUUCGUCUGGGCCACAUUUUUCCUGUUUGUCAUUUUUAAUAGUGGCGCUGUUGAUGUAAGAGGGACAGUGUCUGACGAGUAGUGGAUUUUCUGAAAACAGUUUAUUUUUUAAUUUUUUAAAGGAAUAGAAAAAUUAAUUAAGGGAAACUAUAGUCCCAGGAAACAAACUUGUUUUCCUGACACUAUAGCUUAUCCCUCUGUUGCGGACUCCCCCCUGUGGUGCAGAAGGUGUUAGAAACCUCUUUUGUCACCUACCUGGGUCCAGCACCAAUGACGUCAGUCCGCAGGGAGAUCUAAUGCGCAUUGUACAAUGCUUUCCUAUGGGGAUUCGGGUGAUGAUGGAAGCCCUCAUGCAUAGCGUGAUUCAACAAUAGUUAUACACAACUCCCAGUGUUCCAUGUCUACUCCUCCUCUGUACGCUCUCUCUAUGCUGACUGCCAGGAGCAAUGGGUGGAGCUUAUAACAAUGACUGACAGGGAGCUAAGAUGGAGGCGCCCAGUUACAGGAUAAAGAGGGAAUUUCUACAUUUAGUUUUAUUUUUCACAUCUCACAAUACAUACUUGGUAAAUGAACAUAAUACUAAAAAUCCCAGAAAGUGACAGUUUUCCUUUAAUCCUUACAUUUCUGUGGAAGAUACUGGCAUAUCCCUGGACCUGCUGAAUGGUGAGGCCAUCAGAGGUUCCCACAGCUUGAGAUACAAAGUGCUUCUUGGAUUUUUUCUGUUUGGUCGUGAAGUCACCAAACAAUUCAUCAGAGAUAUCCAAGGAUGUUUGGACUGAGAAGGAAUCUUGAAAACCUCUAAUUGACCUUUAGCCUCUGAAUAUAAAUUCCAAUUGAUCACAUACGCGCAGUUAGGAUUAUCCUAUUGGUUUGCCCAAUGGAUAACUUUCCUUGUUUAUUAUCAUUGUGAGGUUCAAGUCCUUCAUAUAUCUUGGAGCUAAGCCAGCCACCAGAGGUUUUCUCAAAACAUUCAUAUUAUUUCCAUCAAACCGAUCUCUAAGAGCUUGAAGAUCUGACAGUUGGCUGUGUUAGUUGCAGAUUAACAGGAGAAAAUCCCACAACUCGAACAUUGGAAUGUGCAAAGUUUAUCAGAUUAAUUCCCACCAUUUGACCGUCCCUGUGAACUUCCUAAAGUACAGAAUGUCCUUCGUGCCCACAGGAAGUCUAUCUUCCAAUUAUAUCAUUCAAUGGAAAAGUGGUUAAAAUAGUUAUAUUAAUCAGCACAGUAUAUGAUAGUGCUGACAGAGCCACUAAAUGGGAAUUGUCCUGUGUCUGCAUGAUGGAAGCUGUGGGUGAAAUCCAGACAGGACAUGGCCACUUGUCUAACGCCUCUCUUUAUUAUUUAUCGAUACAUAUAAUAAGUGCUAAAUCUGUAAAGUGUGGGCUUCCUGAUUUAUUGUUCCCGUUUGUGAACUCCUGGAUCAUCUGAUUGGGCACUGAAACUGAACCCAGUAAUUAUUUAUCUUAUUUUUAUAUUUAUGUCCCAUAUGGAAAUGUACUGGUCCAGCGUCACGAGGAUGAAUUUCAGCCAACUUCAGCAAUAUGAUAAAUAGUAUCACUAAUAGCAGACA